GGAGGGAGUAAAGUGUCCGCCAUAUUCUCUCCAGUUUACCACGCCCGUGGAUCUGGCGGAAAGCAGCAGCAGUUCUCUCUCUCUCUCCUUCCUUUCCCCACUCUCGGCCGCCUCCCCGGCUGCAGAAACUCGCCGCGAAGCUGACGGCAGGGAGAGUGACAGCCGUGCGGAAUCAACAACCAAGUCUCUGCGCAUUGGAAGAAGCAAGGAGUGAAGAGGGUUGCCGCAGGAUAGACUUAUAAUCCUUCAUAGCGUAAGGAGAAAAAUCAAGGAGAGAGGGAGAGAUCGGAGAUUCCCCAGCUCCCGAUUUAAAAAAAAGCUUCAGCCCUUUCUCGUAGUUCGUGCUAAAUUUAACAGUUUAAUUGUUCCUCCUGCAACCCCCAUUUUAAAGCUCCCCGCAUAUUCUCCAUGUUUAGUAAGGUUGAGAAAUACUGAAGACCCCCCCCCCCCACACACACACAUACACACACACACAGACAUUGCACACAUAAGCCGGCUACAUGACUCUCGAUUCCAUCAUGGCGUGCUGCCUGAGCGAAGAGGCAAAAGAAGCGAAAAGGAUCAACGCGGAGAUCGAGAGGCAGUUGCGGAGAGACAAGCGGGAUGCGCGCAGAGAGCUCAAACUGCUGCUCCUCGGCACUGGAGAAAGUGGCAAGAGCACAUUCAUCAAACAGAUGCGAAUCAUCCACGGUACAGGGUACUCCGAUGAGGACAAACGAGGUUUCACAAAGCUGGUCUAUCAGAAUAUCUUCACUGCCAUGCAGGCUAUGAUCAGAGCAAUGGAUACACUCAAAAUACAGUACAAAUAUGACCAUAAUAAGGCACAUGCACAGUUGGUUCGUGAGAUUGAUGUAGAAAAAGUGACAACAUUUGAAAACCCCUAUGUGGAUGCAAUAAAAUGUUUAUGGGUUGAUCCAGGCAUCCAGGAAUCCUAUGACCGAAGAAGAGAGUACCAGCUGUCGGAUUCUACUAAAUACUACCUUAGUGAUACUGAUCGUAUUGCAGCACCUGAUUAUCUGCCAACUCAACAGGAUGUGCUGCGGGUUCGAGUGCCCACAACUGGCAUCAUUGAGUAUCCAUUUGAUCUGGAGAAUAUAAUCUUCAGCUAUCUUAAAGACUUGGACCGUAUAGCAGAACCCACCUAUCUACCCACUCAACAAGAUGUGCUUAGAGUGCGAGUCCCAACAACAGGGAUCAUUGAAUACCCUUUCGACUUACAAACCGUCAUUUUCAGAAUGGUCGAUGUUGGGGGUCAACGAUCAGAACGAAGAAAAUGGAUUCACUGCUUUGAAAAUGUGACGUCUAUUAUGUUUUUGGUUGCCCUUAGUGAAUAUGAUCAAGUACUUGUGGAAUCAGACAAUGAGAAUCGAAUGGAGGAAAGCAAAGCACUAUUUAGGACAAUUAUCACAUAUCCCUGGUUUCAGAAUUCCUCAGUAAUUCUCUUCUUAAAUAAGAAAGAUCUCUUGGAGGAGAAGAUUAUGUAUUCUCACCUGGUUGAUUACUUCCCUGAAUAUGAUGGACCACAGCGAGAUGCACAAGCAGCAAGGGAGUUUAUUCUGAAGAUGUUUGUGGACCUGAAUCCUGAUAGUGACAAAAUUAUCUACUCUCACUUCACAUGUGCCACGGAUACUGAAAAUAUACGGUUUGUCUUUGCUGCUGUCAAGGACACUAUCCUACAGUUAAACCUGAAGGAAUAUAACCUGGUCUAGUAUAUUAACUGGCCUAAAAAUAAAUAAGAGUAACUGUAUUAUCUGUGAAAAUGAUUUGCAUAAUUCUAAUUUAUUGCUAUCCUGGACUCUGUACUUCCACAGAGUCUUAGUAAAUAUUAUGAUUUUAUUUAACAAAAAUGGGCAAAGAUGCUGACACACGUUUGUGGCACCAGUCUACUUUUUAGGCAAAACUUUGUGAGUUCAUGCAAAAUUUUCAAUUUUCGCUAUAAAUUCCCAUUUCUGCACUCAAAAGGGUUGGGUUUUUUGCUUUUCUAAGCACAUCCCUUCCCCCUUCUCCUACUCCCCGAAGAAAUAUUUGAGGUACAAUGUCCUGUUUAUGAUGUGUUCCUCAUGACACUCUGUGGUACACAGUUACUGUGGUAAUGUUUGGUGGAAAUCAAGCUGUCAAUGAUAAUAAUUGUACUGCUUUUCUGAUGGGCGAGAAGGAUUGGUCCUGUGAAUUUUAAAUUACAUAAGUAUAAUUUAAACAUAAAGUUUCAUUCUAAACAAUUUGUCUUCACUUUAAGCUAUAAAGAUGGAAGAUCAUUAAGCAAUAGUUGAUUGCCAUCAUGACUCAACUAUAAAUGUUACCACACUGAUUCCAAAAAAACAUGGAUAGAUGUAGGUAAGAAUACAAUAUUGAGAAUGUUGCGUACUUGUAAAACAAUAUAUGGGGUUUGAAUUCUAUUUAUUAUGUGCCACUCUAUUGCUAUUACUAAACUUGUUUUAUGGAAAGAUGCCAAACAAAAUGUCAUAUACACUAUAUUUACUGAUUUUUGCAAUAUCUACAUAGGUCUUCUUCCUUAGGACUGUAUCUGGAGACAUCAUUGACAUCCAUACUUUGCUCCAGUGUAACUUUUAAUUGUUACUUUUUGGCUUUUAGUAAGGAGCAUUUUAAUAUUGCCACUCUGUCUUAUUUGUUUUGCUAAUUUUGAAUUUUAAUAGAUAAGAAUUGCUUUCCUCAAGAUGCCAAAAAUAAUGUGGUUUGAAACACAGUAAUAGCACUUGAGUAGAAGAUAAACAGCAUGCAAAUAACAUUGCAGCGUUGGCUCUUUGGAUCUCCUAAAAAUUUGUUUGACAUGCCAAAAUAAAUGAGAAAAAACUGGUGCUUUUUUCACAUUGUAUAAUAUUUGCCAUUACCUGUGUACUAUUCUUUAACAUAAGCUGCUCAGUGUCCAUGACCAAUUUUGUAUCUAACUUUUUUACACAUAUGUUAAAAGGUACUGUAAUCAUGUUUUGAUAAAAAUCUUGUAAGAUCCUUAAUUUUAAACCAAAAUGGUUCCAUUUGCCCUAACUUGCUGGAAAAUGAACCUGUAUUAUUACUUUUGUCCAACUAUGGACAGACUUUUAAAAUUCUGAGGCCUGGGCUUUAAACAAAAAUUGAUGAAUGUUUGAAGAGGAGAGAUUUGAAUGAAUGUCUCGUGUUCCUUUAACUUGUUAGUUUUAAGAUUUUUCAAUCUUUGAGGUGAUAGCUCAGAAACUUCAAAGAGGUCAAGGUUAGUUAAUUUUAAAGUUUCUGCACUGGCCAUCGUCAAAGGUGGAAUGCCUUUAUGCAUGGUUUUAUGCUUCAAAAUGGUAGUUUUUUUUGUUAUGGAGUACCAAAGUUAAUGGUCAGUGAUUGUCUCCCUUCGCUCCUGCUCCUCCACCCAAAAUGCAUUAAUGUACUAAUGGACAAAAUUCCUAUAAUUUGUACAAAAAAACCUGGCUGUAGGUUUAGUGUAAUUAUGUAUGUUGUAAUCAUUUGCGUGUGCGUGUGUGCGUGCACGCAUAUGCGUGCAUGCACGUGUGUGACGUACACAUAUUGGCUUUGUGAUAAUUUUGGCAGAUUAAAUGUGCUGCAUUGAUAUGUUUCUAUGUAAUUGUAUUGUAAAUCAUAUAGCUAAUUCACAUUUUGGAAUAACAUUAUUUACUUUUUUAAGAGGUGAAUGUAAAUUUUUGCCAGUUUCUUUCUCAGCUACGGAUUUGAAAUGUCAUUUUGGAAGUAAAGAUAAUAAUCAUACAGUGUGGUCUGAUUAAUAUACAUCACAAAAGGUCUCUGAUCAAAUAAUUCCUUUUGACAAAGUCUUUCCUUUCCUAGAAAGUUUAGUCAAAUGUCUCACCAUGAAAUGAACAAAAACUAGCUGCACCAUUUCUUCUCAUCAUCAUGUGUGAAAGAAAAUAAUGUGCUUUGGAGAAAUCCUUUGAAGUUACAAAGUGUUUUAAAAAUCAAAUUGUAUUCUAGGGAAUAUCAUUUGCUGAUCCAAUUAUCUGUAGUGUUUGCUAUAGGAUUGGUCACAGUUUAUAUUGAACCGAAUGUAUGAAUUACCAGUAAAUACAUUCGAAAUUUGUGUUUCAUGCCUUAUGAAAGUGGCGUUAAGAACUUUGUGCCUCAAAACCGAAGCCUGAGAGAGAAGAUGACCUUUUGCCUUUGCUGAAGUAUAUGUGCUGUAUUGGGUGUUACAAUUUGAAAGUUAGAUGACAGUUCUUAAUCUACUGGUAAUGCACCAGAGGGACCAAUGCAGUAUUGCUAAUUCCUAUGAAAGGAUCAAGAUAUUUUAUAUCAUCAAUAUGAAGUAGAACUAAUUCAUGCAACUAAUUAUCAUUUACUAGUUCAUGUCAUUAACUGCGAAUGAAUAAAUGAAGUUAGGUACGCUGUGUAUAAUACAAUGAAGAUGGCCAGCUGCAUGGUUUACUGUUGAAAUACCCUCAACUUUUUUAUUUGAGCAAAAUGUAAAACACCGUGCGUUCAUUUGGCAUACCGAUAACCUUCAUUUAUUUUGUUUCACCAUUGCUCUGUCAAUUGGUCUUUCUAGAACUUCAGCAUGUUGGCACUUCCAGAGGAGAUAAUGGAUGUUUCUGAGAAUUUAAAUAUGGUAUCAUGGUUGGGCAUUCAAUUCGCUAACAUAUUGUACAGCUGAUGAGAUCCAAAUUGCACAGGAUAGUGAAACACAGUAUGUAUCGUCAUUUUGUUACAGUGCCAGAAUCUUUUAAGUGCCGAUGUGGUGAAAACUCUGGUGGGACAUAUAUUUAAUUCAUGCUAGAUAAUCUUAACCUGCAAUGUUUAAAAGCAUAUUUGCUCUUUUUAAAUUGUCAUUUAAAUGCAUGCAUUGUCAUUGUUUGGGGAAGGGAAAUAGCUUUUGGAAAAAUCUACUGUUGUAUAUUCAUUUCCCAAAUUAUCUUGUUGGUUUCAAAUAUAGUAUUUUUUGGCCAUAAUUUUGUACUGGUUUCAUUUGAUGCCUCCUAAUGGUAAUUUUCUUCUAUCCUUUUUAUGAUGCUGUACCUGGAAUAUAUUUUUAUUCCAAUAAUUUUAGACUGCAUAAAAAAAUCCAGUAUAUUUUUUUCUGGCAGUUGAAAAUUAUCCACUCGACUGGGAGAAAUUUCAACAGUACCAAUGUAGUUGCACAAAACAAACUUACUUGUCCCUUGUCAUUGAUU